AACUAGUGUUGGCGUUACGAUGCGUUUAGACAAAAUGGCGGCGAAUUCCUGUCUCCAAGAACGCCCGACAACAUGACGAGCAUCGCGCCAAAAUAUAAUCCCCGCUCGAUAUACCAGUCCGAUCAACGGGGAAACAAAGUCCCCUAAAUCCCAACUCUCAUAGGAAUGUACCACCCAAACAAGCUGCGGAACCGUAGUGUCCUAGCGACCAGAGACGUCAGUAAUUUCGGGCUCAGUGUACAAGCUGCUGGCAGUGGACCGAAUGAGAGACAGGGACACAGACAGGGUGCAGACUUCCGCGUUGUUCGCGAGGCUCCCAGCGCGCACACGUAUCGAGCCACAGACCUGGUACAGCCGGCUCACCUGAACCAGAGACCAGGGGCUACUGAGGACCUGACUAUAACUAGUGACCUACUAUCGCCUGGCGCGGCCCGCGGCACCACCCCUCCGCUACAGAAGGACCAGCGCGGGAACAGGCAGGUCCACACGCCCUCCACGGCGUACGUGUCCGAGCUCAGCUUCAACUCAGGGCCGCAGCGGAACCAACAUCAUCAACAACAACAACAACAACAGCAGCAACAGGAUCCCAUGAAAGAUGAGAUGAGCUCCCACAAUGCCCGGCACACCCAGUCAGCUGGGGCCCUGUCGUCACGGCAACAGAAGGGAAACUACCUGCCAGGUGACAGGGUCAUCUUUGCGGAGAGCCCCUCUGCACCAGGGAUCCCCAUUGUGUACAGGACACAGGAGGAGAGGGCCAGCAACCCGGACAGACUCAACUUAGAUAGGAGACGGCUGACAGUCUGUCCCAUCUUGGAGGGGGAGGAACACCUGAGACUACUCAACCUUCAGCACAACCUCAUCUCUAAGAUCCAGCACCUGUCCAACCUCAGGAGACUCAUCUUCCUGGACCUGUAUGAUAAUCAGAUAGAGGAGAUCACAGGCCUGGCUGCUCUCAAGUCCCUCAGGGUACUUAUGCUGGGCAAAAAUAGAAUCAAGAAAAUUGCUAACCUGGAUAAUCUUCAAAAACUGGAUGUCUUAGAUCUCCAUGGAAACCUGAUCAGUAAGAUUGAGAACCUGCAGCACCUGAGUGAACUGAGAGUACUGAACCUGGCAGGGAACAGUAUCAUCCAUGUGGAGAACCUCAGUGGCAUGGACUCACUCGCUGAGCUCAACCUGCGCAGGAACCAGAUCGUCAAUGUGACAGAGGUAGACACCCUGCCCAGCAUACAGAGACUUUUCCUCAGCUUCAACAAUAUAUCCAGCUUUGAUGACAUAGCGUGUCUGGGCGAGUCUGCGUCCCUGUCGGAGGUGUCGUUGGACGGAAACCCACUGGCACAGGAGGCCUUCUACAAACAAACCAUCCUCAAACACAUGGUGCAGCUCAGGCAGCUGGACAUGAGGAGAAUAUCGGAAGAGGAGAGGCGAAUAGCAGCAGUGAUGGCUCGGAAAGAGGAAGAGAAGAAGAGAGAGACCAACAAAAUGGCCAUCAUCAAGGAGAAUAGAAAGUUGGCUAUCCGCAAUGCUGCUAGACAAUGGCAGAUGACACAAUUGCCUGCCUUGUCAAAAUCUUCACGCUUCCACCCCGACAACCAGCCUCCUGAGAAGAGGAGGCUCGCGAUCAACAACGCAGCCAGGAACUGGGAGGCGAACCAGUCCGCCGCCCUGUCGAAGAUAGGUCGCUUCCAACCUUUGCCACAGAAGGACGCGGUCAGGAAGAGGGGCAGCCAACCGGAGGAUGAGGAAAACAGGAACCUCCCGCCAAACUGGCAGGACACGUCAUCAAAAAGCAGUCAGGAUAGCCUCUCUGGGGAUGCCUGGGUCGCAGGGGAAGGGGCAGAGGGCAGAGGUGAAAGGACAACAUCCCAGUCCUCCUACAGGAGUGAGUCACAGACAUCUGUCAGGUCUACAGACAGACCAAGGAGUCCAGACAGUAUUUCCAAUGACAUUGGUCAGUCCCACCUGGCGGAGCUGGAGGGGGAGGUGCUGCACCUGUACGGGGCGGGCGCGCUGGACUCGCUGGACAGGAACUGGGGCAUCCAGGCCGCCGGCUCCGUCACCGCAGUGUCCUUCCACUUCAUCGACUUCGACCACAUCUCCAGGCAGCUGCACAAGAUCCGCAACAGGUUCCCUAAUGUGCAGACAUUGAUAUUCAAUGAGACCAACAUCAGUAACCUGCAGCAGUUCAACACCCUGGCCUCGCUGCGACGGCUGGACAACCUGACGCUGGUGCCGGAGGGCAACCCCGUGACUCAGUUCACCCUCUGGAAGCAGUACGUGCUGUUCCGCCUCGCGCACUUCUCUCUCAGGAAAAUCAACGACACAGAGGUGACUAACUCAGACAUGGUGAAUGCAGAGAAGAUGUUUGGUACCCUGUCCCACAUCACCACCUCCCAGCUUCCACAGUCCAGACUACUCACUCUGCUGGGAGAGACAAGGAGAAAGAAGCUCGGCAUGGUGAACGAACGGUUCAGGAAGUCGGAAGGUGAGGAUGGGAAGAGCGAGCGAGCGUCGGAGUCGGUCGGACGGGCCGGCCUGCAGUACAUGUGUGAGGACCUGGCCAAGGACAAACUCAAGGAGCAGACAUCCAGGACCAAGUUCUCCCACUCGUACAUCAAGGAGCUGACUAAAGAAGCCACCAUGGGGAACAAGAAGCAGCAGGCUGUUCAGCAGGUGUGGCAGUACCUGUUCAGGGAGAUGGUGCAGAAGUGUGUCCAUGACAUGACAGACUCCCACAGAUACAUGAGGGAACUCAUGGACGACUUCGAGGGGAAGAAACAACAAAGUUGAUAACCUACAUUAACAUCUAUCUGACAGGUUACAUAGAUUGCUGCUUUCCUCAACGAAAGUAAUCAUCAUCAUUACUAAAGUAAUGCUUACUAAAAGUAACAUUAGUUCACCUUUAUUCGUGGGGUAACCUAUAUCCGUUGUUUUUAAAAGAAGGUAUUUUGGGAUAUGAAGUGGACAGUGGUUUUAAAUUGCAACAAUCUUAGUUUGUAAGAAAAAUAUUAGAAAUAUUGCAGUCGACUUGAAAAACCUUACUAUCCAGUUUCUUUCACAACAACGGAUAUAGGUUACCCGCGAAUAAAGGUGAAUUAGCGUUAUGUCUGAGCCAAGGUUUUACAUCCAAACUGACAAAUAUAUAUCUUUACAAAGUCUUAUGUAUCAGAGACAUAUGCAAAUCAUACCAUCAUAUCAAACUUGUAUGUUCAAAAUGUUUGUCUGUUUCCUUUAUAACACAGUCCUAGAACACAUUGGACAAGAUAUAAGAGGUACAGAUUAAGUGGAAUGGUUCCUUCAGAUAUAAAAAGAGUUUAUUUUUUCCAUUCUUCAUUUAGGUAAGGUAUCAAACUGUUGCAUUCAAGCAAACCUUGUCUCUCUUUCCAUGUAUGGUCGUUAAGUUGAAGUACCUCGAUCACGUACCCAUGUUUUAAUGGGUUACAGUGCUCAUAGAAUUCUUGGCUCUACGACAGACAUAACUAUGCAAGUCUUUUAUAGAGUUGUAAAUAUUCUACACUUCUCUCUCUCUUAUAUAACCAUUAGGAAUGUAUUACGUCCUUAGACGAGAUAAGUUACUGUAAAUGCAUUUAAGUUUGCGGUGUUUUCAUGUUCGCAGCUUGCAGUGGAGGUUUUAGUUAAAGACGCUAAAAAAAAGUUUUUGUUCUGUCUUCUGACUGCCUACCCACUUGUACAUGUGCUACAUGUACACACUAUACAUGUGUUGGCCGGCAACAAUUUAGUCUGCUCGUAUAUGUAGCACCUAUGGCUUUGCUCAAGUGCUAGUUGGUUGUUUUCAACUGUCUGUCUGUGUUUUCACUACUGUACGCAUAGAACUAUGGACUAUAUGACUGUAGCACUAUUGCAAAGUCAAAACAACCAUGAUCACCCUACCUUCUCCUUACCGCAAAAUUUAAAUCACUGCAAACUUAAAGGCAUUUACAGUAGUUAUUUGACCACUGCACCAUUCAGGGAUUAACAGUAAGAUAGAUAUUAGUAUACUGUAGUUAAGGACGUUUUUAAAACCUCCUUCAUAAUAUGUGCAUUUUGCACUUGUGAUAUACCACAGAUUCACAAUGUGAUCUUUGAUAUCUUUAAAAUUGAUAAAUGACAAUUGCUGCUAAUAUAUGGUGGAACAUGUAUAUAAUAUGAUAUAAGAUAUGUGACGUGCAGUGGUAACUUUAUAAGUGUUAUGAAGGAAACAAUACUGAUAUGUCAGCAAUAUCCAUAUUGAUGUUACAUUAUGAAUUUCAUACAAGUACACACUCAGUAUUCUUUGCUAUCAUAUCAAUAUUUUGUUUUUUGCAAUCCAUUUGAAAUUAUUGCUUUUACAGUGAGUGCUGGGAAAGUUGUAAAAAUUCGUUUUCACAGCAUGCCUAGCAUGAACCAUAUUUCCCAUCUGGUUUAAUAAAAUAUGAUUUGAAAUCAA